GGUAUGUGUUCCAAGUUGGCAGCUUUUUGGUUUCUUGGAUGAGUUUGUUCCAUGUAAUUGGUUUUGGUUUGAACUUACUUUUGACUCUAUGUUGCUGGUUUGUGUCUGUGAUUUCUAUGAAUUGGUUAAAUGAUGGUGAAAUUAUGACUACCAAGACUUUGCUUGGUGAUGGGGAACAAAUAGUGAUGAAAUUAUGGGAAGGAAUAGCAGAAUUAAGUAGUAAGAUUUACCAUUGUUACCCUCAGUAUGUUGUAGCAAAGAAGUGGUGGAGGAAGCUAUUAAUAGCAUGGGUAUUAUUGUGGAUUAUUGUUUCUUUUUCAGUGUUUUGGUAUAUGAGUACUCAAGCAUAUGAGAAGAGAAAAGAAACACUUACAAGUAUGUGUGAUGAAAGGGCUAGGAUGUUACAAGAUCAGUUUAAUGUUAGUAUGAAUCAUGUACAGGCUAUGUCAAUUCUCAUCUCUACUUUCCACCAUGGAAGGAAUCCUUCUGCUAUUGAUCAGAGUACUUUUGCAAGAUAUACAGAUAGAACAGCUUUCGAGAGGCCUCUUACAAGUGGAGUGGCAUACGCAGUAAGAGUGCUCCACUCGGAAAGAAAAGAGUUUGAGAAGAAACAUGGUUGGAGUAUUAAGAGAAUGGAUAUACUUGAACAAACUCCAGUUCACAAAGACGAUGAGUAUGAUAGAGAUGGCUUGGAGCCAUCGCCGAUUCAGGAGGAAUAUGCUCCUGUUAUUUUUGCACAGGAUACGAUUGCACAUGUAAUAUCUGUUGAUAUGCUCUCCGGAAAGGAAGAUCGCGAGAAUGUUUUACGUGCAAGGGAAUCAGGAAAGGGUGUUCUCACGGCUCCGUUCAAGCUACUUAAAACGAAUCGCCUUGGGGUGAUAAAGACAUUUGCAGUUUACAAAACUGAUCUUCCUUCUAAUGCAACUCCAAAUGAAAGGAUUCAAGCAACUGACGGGUAUCUUGGUGGAGUCCUCGACAUUGAGUCACUUGUAGAGAAACUUCUUCAGCAGCUUGCGAGCAAACAAACUAUCCUUGUGAACGUCUACGAUACGACUAAUAUCUCCCACCCUAUUAGCAUGUAUGGUUCAAAUGUAUCGAGUGAUGGUGUGCAGCAUGUCAGUGCCCUCAACUUUGGAGAUCCAUUUAGAAGGCAUGAGAUGCGUUGCAGAUUCAAACAGAAACCACCAUGGCCUUGGCUAGCCAUCACAACUGCAACAGGAAUUAUAGUAAUCGCAUUGCUUAUAGGGCAAAUAUUUCAUGCAACAAUAAACAGAAUAGCCAAAGUCGAGGAUGAUUAUCAGAAGAUGAUGAUGCUGAAAAAGCGUGCUGAGGCUGCUGAUAUUGCAAAAUCACAGUUUCUUGCUACUGUUUCCCAUGAGAUCAGGACCCCCAUGAACGGUGUUCUUGGCAUGCUUCAUAUGCUUAUGGACACUGGUCUGGAUGUGACACAACAAGAUUAUGUGAGCACAGCUCAGGCCAGUGGUAAAGCUUUAGUUUCACUCAUAAAUGAGGUUUUGGACCAAGCAAAGAUUGAAUCUGGUAAGCUCGAGCUUGAGGCAGUUUGUUUUGACGUUAGAGCUACUCUGGAUGAGGUUCUCUCGCUCUUUUCGGGGAAAUCUCAAGAAAAAGGAGUUGAGUUGGCAGCUUACAUCUCUGAUAAGGUUCCUGAUGUGCUUAUUGGUGACCCUGGACGGUUUCGUCAGAUUAUCACAAACUUGAUGGGAAACUCUAUCAAAUUCACUGAGGAAGGUCAUAUAUUUGUGACUGUCCAUCUUGUCGAGGAAGUGAUCGAGUCAGCUGAGGAGUUCAAGAUGGAAUCAUCGUUAAAGAGCACUUUGAGCGGAUUGCCUGUAGCCGAUAAACGACAGAGCUGGAGAAAUUUUGUGGUUUUUAAUCAAGAAGGAUCCUGCGCUUCUUUCGCAUCUUCCUCGUUGGACCAGAUCAAUCUGAUGGUUUCAGUAGAAGACACUGGUGUUGGAAUUCCUUUAGAAGCUCAAUCUCGUAUAUUCACCCCCUUCAUGCAGGUUGGUCCUUCUAUUGCUCGCAUCCAUGGGGGAACAGGUAUUGGACUUAGCAUAAGCAAAUGUUUGGUACAUCUUAUGAAAGGUGAAAUUGGAUUCGUAAGUUUGCCAAAGAUUGGAUCCACCUUUACUUUUACUGCUGUUUUCACCAAUGCCCGCUGUAAGAAUGAGCAGAAGAUCCAGCAAAUCAACAAUCAAUCGAACUCCGUUUCUUCAGAUUUCCAUGGCAUGAGAGCCUUAAUUGUUGACCCAAGAACUGUCCGUGCAAAGGUCUCACUGUAUCACAUGAAACGACUCGGAGUCCAUGCUGAAGUGGUCUCAGAUUUGUCUUACUUAAGAACUGAAAAUGGAGUCACGAAUAUGAUCCUCAUUGAACAGGAGGUCUGGGAUACUGAUUUGGAAAAAUCAAGUCUCUUUGUCAAGAACUUAAGAAGGAUCAAUGCUAGUGUUUCUCCUAAACUUUUUAUAUUAGCUAAUCCUAUAAAUUCUAGCCGAGCUGGUGUCUCAGCCAAUGGUUUUCCUAUUCCAUUUGUCAUCAUGAAGCCACUAAGGGCGAGUAUGCUUGCUGCAUCGCUCCAGCGUGCCAUGGGUGUUGGUAACAAAGGAAAUUGCUCGAACGGAGAGCUUCCCGGUCUCUCUCUUUCCAAGCUCCUUCAGGGGAGAAAAAUUUUGGUUGUGGAUGACAAUAACGUGAACCUUAGAGUAGCUGCUGCUGCACUGAAGAAGUAUGGUGCUGAUGUUGUCUGCACAGACACUGGAAAAAAGGCACUUACCUUUUUACAGCCACCUCAUCAAUUUGAUGCCUGUUUCAUGGAUAUUCAGAUGCCAGAAAUGGAUGGGUUUCAAGCUACAAAAAAGAUCCGCGAAAUGGAAUCUGAUAUCAAUAGCCGUAUCAAACUUGGACAACUUCCUCCUGAAGCGUAUGGAAAUGUUUCAAGCUGGAAAGUGCCCAUUCUGGCUAUGACUGCUGAUGUAAUUCAAGCUACAUACGAAGAGUGUCAGAAAUGUGGAAUGGAUGGUUAUGUUUCGAAGCCAUUUGAGGCUGAGCAGCUUUAUCAAGAAGCAUCGCGCUUUUUCCACGUCAAGCCAAAUCAGAAUACCUGAAGAGCAUUCUCGAGUAGAAAUGUCAUCAACUUUAUGGUGCCUCAGGGUCGUUCACGUUUCCUUUUUCCAGCCGUGAGUGCUUUAUGGCCCAAACAUUACUUCCGCAGGUUAGAGUACUUGUUCAAAAUCUCGAUAUCCACCACAUGGAUUCAAUUGCAUUCUUUUUCAGGGAAAUGAACCUCUGAAACUAA